AGGAGUCAGCAUUCUUCCGGUUUAUGUGUUGACUAAAAAGACGAAUGGAGAGUGACUAACUCAACGGUUAACGUUGUUGUUUAGCAGGAAGAUGAGUUCUCAGCAGUUUCCAAGGACGGCGUUGCCCUCCGCAGCUAUAGGGCAAGGCCAGGCACCUGGAGGAAACACCAGCCUUGCUGUAGGGAAUCAGCCUGGGAGCCAGCCAGGUGGGCGUCGUGCAGGUGAUGAUGAGGGCAGUCGAGAUACUGACCAUGCCCAAGACCAUCCACCAAACAGUGGCAGUAGCACUGGAGGGGCGUUGCCAUUCCGUGAUGACAAGCAGGAGCCUGUGGUGGUGAGGCCCUACCCACAAGUGCAGUCCUUGGGACAGCCUCCCACGCUGCCCCAGCAUGUGCCCAUCCAGCCCAGCCCGCCUGUCUCUGUGCCUGGCCCACCGGUGCAUCUGCCCCAGGGCCAGCCACCCACCUUCCCAGAGGGACCUGUGAAGGCUGCUAUGAAGUCACCCAUGCCCAGCCGUCUCAUAGCACCAGCUCCAACGGCUGUCCAAGGGCACCUCUCCGUGCCCCCCAAAGUGCCCACUCACAUUGCUGUCACCCCAGAGAGCAGCAUUGCCCCCACCUCCUCCAUCCCUGUGGCAACCAUCAGUGGACAGCAGGGCCACUCCAGCAAUCUGCACCACCUGAUCAUCCGAAGCAGCACCCCAGCCCUGCAGAUCGGUUCAUCUGCUGCCCCUCCACACACCUUCACCUCCCACCUGCCAAGAGGAGCUGCUGCAGCAGCGGUCAUGUCGAGCACCAAAGGCCCCACGGUGCUGAGGCCAGCCUCCGGAGCCAGUGCAGGUCCCGGCCAGCCAACUGCUCUCCAGCACAUCAUCCACCAGCCCAUCCAGUCGCGGCCAGUGGUGACCACCUCCACGGCUGUGCUGCCCACGGUGGUGGCCCCCAUCUCAGCUGCUAGGACCCAGUCUCCCGUUAUCAGCCCCGUGGUCACACACAGCACCACAGACAUGGUCCAUGGGCGACCAGGACUGACCAUUCACCAACCCCCUCCAGCUACCAUCAGCAUCCAGAGACCAGCCACGCCGCGAGACACGGCCACCCGCAUCACCCUGCCUUCACACCCUGCCAUCGGAGCCCAAAAACCACAGCCCCCACACACUGUGACCCAGAAGCCUAUUUUUAGCACGGUGACUCCUGCUGCAACAGUGGCUCCAAUUCUGGCCACCAACACUGUGCCAUCAACAACCUCUCCAGGCUCUGUUCCACACACGCAGAUGACCAGCAGCACCAUUGUAACCAUGACGAUGCCCUCUCACUCCUCUCAUGCCACUGCGGUCACCACCUCUGCCAUUCCUGUGGCCAAAGUGGUGCCCCAGCCCAUCGCUCACACAUCCCCCCGUAUCCAGGCUGACUACCCCGGCGAGAGGGCCAACCUCAUCCCCAUCCCCGGUCAUCGCUCCUCCCCCAAUCCUGUUGCCAUGGAGCCACGCAGUGACAACAGGCCCUCUGUGCCUGUGCAGUUCCAGUACUUUCUGCCCACCUACUCGUCGUCUCCGUACCCUCUGACACACACCUACACUCCCAUCACCAGCUCUGUGUCCACCAUCCGCCAAUAUCCAGUCACCCCCCAGGCCCCAAGCUCGGCCCUGCCCACACAGGCUGGCGUCGGUGUGGCCACCACUGUACACCUCAACCCCAUGCAGCUGAUGGCCGUGGACCGCAUCGGCCUGCAGUCGGCCCAGAUCAGCACCCAGAGCAUCCAGCCCGCAUCCAUGGCCGCCCAGAGCAUCCAGCCGGCGCCCAUCGGAGUGCAGGGACUGCACGCCACCGCGCCAAUCAGCACACAGGGCAUCCAGCAAGCACCCAUAGCAACGCAGCAGUCACAGCCAGAGGCAAAACCAUCAGGUGUGGUCCUGGCUGACAGCUCUACCUUCGUCACCAACCCCAUCGGCAGCACGUUUGGCGCCACCCAGCCCGUCACCACCGUGGUGCAGACCCACCCCCAGGGCGCGGGUUCGGGGGCGCCCACGCUCGGCUCCUCCCCCAGGCCCAGCAUCCUCCGCAAGAAGCCCGCUAACGAGGGAGCCGUGCGUAAGAACCUGCUUGCGGCCCAGGCAGGGGAACCAGGCCCCGGCCGAAUGGAGAGCGCCGUCAGGGGGGUGGCGGGGUCCCCGCGACCGGCCGGGGUGAAGCCCAAAACCGACAUGCACGUUGCCAUGGCGCCCCCGGUGAUGGCUGCCGUGGAGGCGUUGCCCACCCACGCCGGUGAGCAACAGCAACAGCAGCAGCAGCAGCAGCAGCAGCAGCCCCUCCCCUCUCAGGCCCAGCACCUAUCGCAGGCCAUCCCCACGCUGCUGGCCCCGCCCGUGCCCCCGCCCCCCUCCCAGCCCGCGGCGGUACUCUCUGCCCUCCCGGCGGCCAUGGCGGUCACGCCGUCUGUCCCGGCCUCCAUGGCCAACGCCGUGGCCUCCCCCACCCAGCCGGCGGCCAGUGGCACGGCCGUGUGUGCCGUCAGCUCCACCUGCCCCGAGCUCAAGGUCAAGCAGGAGGUGGAGACUAUGGACACCUCACAGCCAGUGGCCAGUGUGACGUCCACGCCAGGCCCUGCUCCGGCCCUCUCCUCCUCCCAGGCGCCGGCCACGCUGAGCGCUCCCUCCCAGCCCGGGGACCUGCUACCGGGGGCCUCCCCGCGCAAGAAGCCCCGCAAGCAACAGCACGUCAUCUCCACGGAGGAGAGCGAGAUGAUGGAGACCAACAGCACCGACGAGGAGAAGAUCGGGGGCAGGACCAUGGGCAGCCGCUCGGACCGACACGAGUCCCCGCCCAGGGAGUACGUGGACGAGGAGGGGGUACGCUACGUGCCCAAACGCAUCCGACCCCCCAUCACUCUGCUGAGCCACUACCGCAACCCCUGGAGAGCCGCCUACCACCACUUCCAGAGGUACAGCGACAUCCGGGUCAAAGAGGAGAAGAAAGGUUCUCUGCAGGACAUGGCCAAUCAGAGGGGCGUUGUGUGCAGAGCCCAGGGCUGGAAGAUCCACCUGUGUGCUGCUCAGCUCAUGCAGCUGUCAAGUCUAGAGCAUGAUGUGUACAGCCGGCUGACCAGUCUGCAAGAGGGCCUCAUCCCAAAGAAGAGGGCAGGAGCCGACGACGAGCUGCACCGCAUCAAUGAACUCAUACAGGGUAACAUGCAGCGCUGCAAGCUAGUGAUGGACCAGGUGACGGAGGCGCGGGACACCAUGAUGAAGGUGCUGGACCACAAGGAGCGUGUGCUCAAACUGCUAAACAAGAACGGCACCACCAAGAAGAGCUCCAAGCUCAAGCGCAAGGAGAGGGCCUAGAGACUCCACCAAACCCCCCCCCCCCCCCCUUCCCUCUCCUCCCCAGAAAUGUCCCCUCUACCUCCUUGUGAGGGACUUAAAGACCUAAAGACUCAUCCUCCUCAUCCCUGCAUUCUCCUUACCUCCCUCCUGAGGGCCUAAAGACUUAAUCCCCAACACAUGCACACAUUCACAAACACACACAAGAAUGCAAACCCUUCAGCUAUUGUCCGAUCUAUAUUGUAGUUUCCACAUAAUCAACCACCCUCAGCGAUAGUCAUACACUCUAGGUUAACUCACAGAUGAGACUGUGACUGUCUUAAUGUGGUUUAUCCUCUCUGUCCUGUGCAGUUUCCCCUCACUUCAGUUAAAGAAUGAGUAUGGGGCCUUGAAUUUCCUUCUUUUGAUGGGUUACCUGAGAUUAGAUCCAACUGAGAAUGGUCAUCAUCAAUAGCUGACAGUGUUUCCCCAUCACCUUUUAAAUUCUCAGUUUGAGUUCUGGAGUUCAUUGAAGUGUGUGUGUGUGUGUGUCUUACUACUCUACUGUUGGCCAUACAGUUUUGAUUAGCUACAAGUCUGUCCAUUUGGCCUUUCAUGACAUGUCUUCUCGGAGGCUGUUUUAGUUUGCCGAGGCCAGUUUGUAAUCAUCAACCUUAAAAUCACGCGUGGCAGUUGAUGACUUUCCACUCAGAAAUUAUCCAGCUGAAUCUGCAUUGGCCUGAGCACUGGUAAGGAUGUUCUCUAAGAAGCCAAGACAAACCUGUCCUGGGCAUCCAUGCUUUUACACACACUCACACACAAACACACUUUUCCUCCUCAUCACCAUUUGUUACACACACUCACAAGUCAAAGAACUGUAUACUAAAUGAGGGUGACAAGACACUAAACCUAAUAGUGCCCUUUUCAUGGUUUUGGUGCCUUCAAUUAUCAAAGUAUACCUAGGACAUAAUGAGUGUUCUGUGUGUUUUAUACAGGAGAAGCACGUCUGUGUGAUUUGAUUUUUAUUUGUUUUUUUGUUUUUGUUUUUGUUUUUGUUUUUUUGUCUGGUUUUGUUUUAAAGGCCAUGUAGACGUGUGGGCUUGUCUGCACACUUGUUCACGCUCAUCCAUGUCUCGUUACUACACCAGUCCUUACAGGUCGACUGUGUGCUGGACAGAAAUUAAUGAACAUACACCGGCCCUCUCAAAACACCCAUUUAGUGAUGCUUGUGUGUGUGUGUUUUUUUUUUUUAACUGUUUUUUGUUUGUUUGUUAAUUAUUUGUUUGUUUUGCAAGGGGAGGAUGCUGUUUAAAAUAUCUAGCUUGUCUGGAGAGCAUCAUGGAGCAAUUUGCUAAGAGUACAACACUGCUUGACAGAUGUACUUGAAGUGCGAUGUACUUGUGUAAUAAAAAGAAUGUGAGAAAUUUUGAAGAUUUAUGUUUAAAGAAAGUAAGAAAAAAAAUAACAACUUAAAAAUACAUUAAAACAGAUUGUUGUGUAAAUGAAAAGUGACUGUACACUCUUAGGCUUUUUUGUAAUAUGUUUAGUUUUUUGUAUGCAGAGACAGUUAGCUGUGCUCCAUAGAUGUGGCUCUUGUUUUGCAGGUUGUACGCGCUGAAGUAUGUGUGUUGAAAAGAGCCUGGUGAAAAAAAAAAAAGAGGCUCCAUUUUGUACAUUUCCUUCAUGUCUGUAUAUUAUUAUGUGCUUAUGCAGUAAAAUACUGUACAUUUAUGCCA